CUCAGAGCCUGCAGGACGGACUGACCUGAACUGAAGAUGAGUCUGCAGGAGUGGCUGUGCUCUGCGGACGCUCUGCUGUCUCUGCUGCUGGAGGACACACAGCCCGCGGAGGACUGGGAUCUGUGUGUGCGUCUGCUGGAGAACCUGAGUCUGGAUCUGAUGGGUCAGCUGCAGUGUCUGCUGGAGGACAGAGGGGUGUGCGUGCGUCUGCUGGGCUCUCUGUGGGCCGAUCAGCUCUCCACAUGGGCUUUCCUCAACAUGUAGAGCUCUGGGGACGAGGAUUUCAAUGCAGAGAUGACAUCUGAGUGACUCUUUCUGAUAUCUUCAUUAUAUCCUGCUCAUCAUGCUGCAUUCACAAACACAGGCAGAAAUCAAAUGGAAAUACACAUUGUAAAAAAGGAUUAGUUGACUUUACUUAAAAAAAUGCUUGUGUUGAUGGCGUGUGCUGGUCCAGUCUGACGGGUUACAGAGAGAGAGAGCAGUCAGGAUGAGUGGUGUGGCUCUGGCGCUGGAGGUGGUGGUGGUGUUUUUCCUGGCGCUCUUCCUGCUCCAUCGAUAUGGAGAUUUCCGCAAGCAGCAUCGGAUGGUCCUGUUCGCCACGCUCCUUGCCUGGUUCUUGUGCUUUCUCAUUGUCUUCAUUUUACCGCUGGACGUUAGUACGACCAUAUAUAACCAGUGUAAGAUUGAUAAUCAGGUCCACCUCGUGCCCAGCAACAGUAAUGAUAACUCCUCCAACACUUCGGUACUUCCAACACAAAGGAUCCCAAAGACUUGCUAUAAGCCCUGGAGUUAUAUCCCAGAUGGAAUCCUGCCUGUAUUUUGGAGGGUGGUGUACUGGACUUCACAGUUCCUGACAUGGCUUCUGAUUCCCUUCAUGCAGUCGUACGCACGUUCAGGAGGUUUCUCCAUCUCAGGAAAGAUAAAGACAGCCCUGAUAGAAAACGCCAUUUAUUAUGGCACAUACCUGCUUAUCUUCUGCUCUCUGCUCAUCUACGUCGCCGUCAGUCCACAGUGGCAUCUCACCUGGUAUGGCUUGCGUACAAUUGGCAUCACUGCCGCUAACACCUGGGGUUUGUUCCUGCUGGUGCUGUUGUUGGGAUACGGCCUUGUUGAAAUCCCACGCUCCUGCUGGAGGGCAUCGUGCCACGGGCAUCUGCUUGCAAAGACAUACUUUAAAGCAGCAAAACUGAUGACCGAAAAAGCAGAUGCUGAGGAAAACUUGGAAGAUGUCAUGGAGGAUGUCAAAACCGUUAAUGAAACAAUAAAAUAUAAUCAUCCUCUAAGGAAAUGCAUCGACACUAUUCUAAGGAAGUGUCCUGUAGAAUACCAGGAAAAGUUGGGCAGAAACAUGGACGAUUACGAGGACUUUGAUGACAAAGGAAACCCUUAUCCUAGUAAAAAGAGUUUGGUCAAACUACAUAAGCAGGUAAUCUAUGCUGUUCAGAGGCACAACCGCACAAAAGUUCAAUGGCAGAUUCUAUUGGACGAGGCCUUUCACUUAGAGGACGUGGCCAAAAAUGAAACAAGUCCCGCCCACCAGUUUGUCCACAGCUUCCCCUCCACAGAAACGCCUGGAUGGAUCAGCAAGUACCUGUACACACCCACAAUGGAGUGGUACUGGGAGUGUGUUUUCCGCCGCUGGUGUUAUCGCGUGCUGGCUGUGGUUUUGUGUGUGUUUUCUGCGGCCGUGGUUUGGUCUGAAUGCACCUUCUUCAGCACACAGCCUGUUCUAUCUCUGUUCGCCGUCUUCAUUCAGCUCGCAGAGAGAGACUACAACUACGUUUACAUAGAGAUGGCGUGUUUUGUCACCAUAUUCUUCUUGUGUUACUGCGUGUACUCCACUGUCUUUCGGAUACGAGUCUUCAACUAUUAUUACCUUGCUCCACAUCACCAGACAGACGCCUACAGUCUGCAGUUCAGCGGCAUGUUGUUCUGUCGUCUGACUCCUCCACUGUGUCUGAACUUUCUGGGUGUGAUUCACAUGGACUCCACCAUCUCUCACCAGCAGAGACAGCCCACAGUGUACACUUCAAUAAUGGGAUCCAUGCAGGUCCUGUCAUUCAUUGCUAAUGGAUUUUACAUUUAUUAUCCUAUGCUCAUUGUUUUGCUCUGCAUCGCGACUUAUUUCAGUCUGGGCACACGCUGUCUGAAUCUGCUGGGUUUUCAGCAGUUUAUGGGUGACAAUGAUCUGACCUCUGACCUGGUAGACGAGGGGAAAGAACUCAUCCGGAGAGAAAGAAGAAAGCGUCAGAGAACAGAGGACGGCGAGAGCAGACGGAGAGAAUGGAGGGAACGCUAUGGUGAACAGAGGGAAAGAUACAGCGGGAGGAACAGAAAUGCUUACUCUGAGCUGAAGGAGACGGAUGGAUCCAGCACAGACCCAAGCAGAGGAAGGACUUUGAUGACGCUAAAUGCUGGGGGUGUGAAUUACAGAGCUCCGUCUAGAAGAGAUCGAAACGACAAGGCUGAAUUACUACAAGACGUUGAACCGUUGGACUUUAAUGGAGAAGAACCGCUGGAAACAGACAACAGGAGGUACCCUGGAGGACAUUACCUCUCCACGUCUGCAUCUCGCACCCGCAUCUUUGAUGAUGUAUAAGAACAAGCAGAACACUGAAGGGAACUUGUUUGCACUUUUUAAAUCUUCACACUUUUCCUGAAGUUUCCAUUUAGAGACUGCAGCUGUAAUGCUCACUUGUCUUUCUCUAAUGAUUUGUUUGUGUGUGUAUGUAUGGUGUGUGUGUGUGUGUGUGUGUGUGUGUGUGUGUGUGUGUGUGUGUGUGUGUGUGUGUGUGUGUCUUACAUCCAUCCAUUGCCCCUUUACUUCCAGAUGAAGCCAAAUCUGCUGUAGAAUCAUGGUUGUGGUGCACUGACUAGUGUGGCAUCCUCACGGCAGAGACGGUUAUAUUUUAUGUUGAAGAUCUUUAUUAUUAUUAUGUGGCUGAAAAGGGAAAGAAAAGGGUUAGGUUUGCUUUAGAAUGCCAUUUUGAAUUUUUGAAACAUUCUUUAGAGUACUGUUUAGAACUUUUGAACAUUCUAUUUGCGAUGAAAAUGUAUUUAAGGGAUGUUUUUGGAAUGAGUCGGAAUCUAGCUCACACUCCGACCUUUGUGCUCUAUUGUGACGUCUGAUCUAGUGUUGUCACGAUAUUGGAAUUCGAUACUAAAAUUUUAAAAACUUCCAUUUUCCGCUAACAUUUGAGCGUUGUUGAGCGCGUUCCUAAACAGCGCUGAUUUACCAUUGUGUUCACAUGCUGAACAGAAAUGACUGAUCGGGCGUAUGUAACCACGGAUAAAAGGACACUGGAGCAUUUCAAAGUCAUGUCGAUCAGGUGGUUUGUCUAUAAGCUGACAUGCUGUAUGAGCAAUCUGCAGCUUUAAAACACUUAAGAACGUGGAUGAUUCCGGUUAAUCAGUGAAUGUUUAAGAACACGUUCAACUGGGCUCAAAUGUUAGCAGGAAAUGGACGUUUUUUUUAAAAAUUCAGUAUUUAUUGGUACCAAAUUCCAGUAUCAUAAAAACCCUAGUUCUAUUUGACCUCUGACCUAGUGUUGAUCAUGAUACUGGAAUUCGAUACCAAUCGGUACAAAAUUUAAAAAAACAUCCAUUUCCCGCUAACAUUUGAGCGCUGCUGAGCAAAUUCUUAAACAGCUGAUUUGCCAUUGUGUUCACGUGCUCAACAGAAAUGACUGUGAUUGGCCGUGAAGGUUAUUCAGUGAACUCACCGCUGUUUACUGAGUGUAAUUAAUCAGUAGAUAACUCGUUGUUCAGCUUUUAAACAGACCAGCUGAUCGUUGUGGUUUUAAAACACGCCAGUGUCCCUGUGUCUGUGGUUACACUCAGUAAACGGUGAACUGUAAACCGGUGAGUUCGGUGAACUGAUGACCUUUAUAAGCUGACAUACGAGUGAUCCGCUGAUUAUUCAACUUAUCUUUGCGGCUUUAAAACACGCCAGUGUCCCUGUAUCUGUGGUUACACUCAGUAAACAUCGGUGAGUUCAGUGAACGGAUGACCUUCACGGCCAAUCACAGUCAUUUCUGUUGAGCAUGUGAACACAAUGGCAAAUCAGCACUGUUUAAGAACUCAACAGCGCUCGAAUGUUAGCAGGAAAUUUACAUUUUUUAAAUUUCAGUACCGAUUGGUGUCAAAUUCCAGGAUUGUGACAACACUACUCUGACCUUUGAACUUCAGGAUGGGAAUCUGUUCGACCAGUAAAUCACCAAGAGGAAAUGCUUCUGUCUUUCUGUUUGACUGUUUUAGUUUAAUCAUUCAUUAUUUAACAGAUCAGACUAUAUAAAGGGUACAGGUUUUGGCUGUACAUCUCCGGUUUUGUACUGUAAACUUCAGUUCUUUUCUGAAAACAUGAAUGCUGUUUUACUUUAUUUAUUAUAAACCUCCCUGAAUUUAUAUUAAUCAAUUGCCAGAUGCUACUGACAUGUUAAAGGAUAAUGAAGGAAGUGCUUUUGUUUAUUUCGGGGAUGAUACAGAAGCUGUUUUAUAAUUAUUUUCUUUUAUUUUGUGCCCUUGUUUGCAUUUCCUCAAUACCUCAAAUAAAAGAGACCUUUACUAUC